UGCUGUAAUUCAAUACACCUGUAGACUCAGCUUCAGCUGACAGACUCUCCCAGUUCAUGAUCUUCCUUCUCCUGGUCCUGGAUCACAGAAGUUUUUAACCUUGUCUUUACAUCAGCACGUGAGAUGGUUAUUCUACCAUGUGGAAUCAAGCCUGCAUUCAGUCUCCUGCUGGGACUAGCAGCCACAAAGCAGUGAUAUCAAAGAGGGCUUUUCUUCAGAUUUUACCAUGCACGGUGUCUCAGCUGCUGUCUGCUUCACAAGUCAGCAGUGAUUCUUUUGCCAUAGGUGACUUGGAACUCAACCAGCUGUCAGUCGUGGGUGUUAUCAGAGGAUAUGCUCCCUUUGUGACAAACGUCCAGUACUCUUUGGACGACAUGACGGGUCCACCUUUAAAUGUGAAACAGUGGGUCAACUCAGAGGAUGGUGCUGUGAUAAAUUUUGCUUCUCCUGGUACUUAUGUAAAGGUGAUUGGAAGUCUUCGCAGUUUUGAGGGUCAGAGAUCAUUCUUGGCGAUGGAUGUUCGGUGCAUCACAGACCUGAACGAGAUCACAUCCCACAUGUUGGAAGUGGUACAGGCUCAUAUGAAGCUGUCUGGAAAGGCAUACGAUGUGAACAUGAAUAUCACUGCUGCAUUGUCCUCUAAUAAUGGUAAACCUCCUGAAGGCAUCUUACAAAACAGUCUGUCCUCCAUCCGGGCUCAGGUCUUGAAAGUCAUCAGGAGGUAUUCUAUCUGCUUUGAAGGCAUCAGUUUCAAUGAACUGAAGAGACACCUGGAUCAUCUCUCUGUGACAGAUAUAAGAACUUCACUGGCAGUUUUGAUUGAUGAAGGUCACGUCUUCUCCACCAUUGAUGAUCAUCAUUUCAAGUCAACAACACACUAGUGGGAACACAUCAUGAUAUCAGAGCAUCUACACCCUUGGUUUUGUUUUAACAUAAAUCUUAUUUUUAUUUUCAGUUAUUUCAGACUUAAACUAGAUAAUGGUGUUGGCUGUCUCUGUCUAAAGAUAGUGAAAUCUUCACAGUUGGGUAAGAACACUGUUGGAGAGUCAUUCGUUGCCUGUAAAUAAUGAGUACACCAGUGUACUUUUUGGGCGUCUUGUUUAUUUUUCUGUUUCUGAUGAAUUUGUUUUCUGAUAAAGUCAAAUAAAAGUAUUGAUUGUAUGUGAAGAAUGAAGUUUAA